UCACUGGUCGCACGUUUCAUCAGCCGGUAAACAGGGUUGGGAUAUCCUCAGAGAGAGGUAUUGCAGACGAAUCGUUGACACAACAACCAAGUCGAUCAUGCCGACGAUAUCGGUCCAGAGAGACGAGCUGUUCAGGGCACUUGGAAGAACGUAUACUGAUGAGGAGUUUGAUGAGCUCUGUUUUGAAUUUGGCAUUGAACUUGAUGAAGUGACAAGUGAGAAGGAGCAGAUUGAACGAGAGCAGGGGAAAGAGAAGGCGUCUGGAGCAUCAGAUGCAGUGGAGUACAAGGUGGAGGUGCCCGCCAACAGAUAUGACUUGCUGUGUCUGGAGGGGCUUGUUCGUGGACUACAGGUCUUUCUGGAGAAGAUGAAAGCUCCACGAUACAAGGCAGUGGCUCCCUCUAGUGGCUCGAUGCAGCAGCUGAUUAUAUUACCAGAUACUGCCAGAAUUCGACCGUAUGCUGUUGCAGCCACUCUGAGAAACAUAAAAUUUACACCAGAGAAUUACAGGAACUUCAUCGACCUCCAGGAGAAGCUUCAUCAGAACCUCUGCAGGAGAAGAACUCUGGUUGCUAUAGGUACACAUGACCUUGACACCAUCCAGGGACCUUUCACCUUCAAUGCCAAACCACCAGCAGAGAUCAAGUUCAGGGCCCUGAACCUGGACACUGAGAUGACAGCCCCAGAAAUAAUGGAGAAGUUUUCGACUGACAGUCACUUGAAGGGUUAUCUUCCCAUCAUUCGAGACUCUCCUGUCUACCCCGUCAUCUACGACCAAAACAACGUGGUACUCUCCAUGCCUCCUAUAAUCAAUGGUUUUCACACAAGGAUUACCCUGAACACACGGAAUGUGUUCAUCGAGGCAACGGCAACAGAUCUGUACAAGGCGCAGGUCACUCUGGACUCACUGGUCACCAUGUUCAGUGAAUACUGUGCGGAACCCUUCACUGUUGAAAGUGCAGAAGUUGUGAAUCCAGAUGGUUCUAAAGUCGUGUAUCCGUUGUUGACAUAUCGUCAUGAGACUAUUGAUGUCCAGGAAACCAAUAAGCGAGUUGGAAUAAACCUUGAAGCAGAGAAAAUGGCAAGACUGUUGACGAAGAUGUGUUUAGAGAGCGAGGUUGUGGACAAUGGCAAGACCAUCCGAGUCGAGAUCCCGCCCACCAGAAGUGAUGUGAUCCAUGCAUGUGACAUCUACGAGGACGUGGCUAUAGCAUAUGGCUACGACAACAUAAAGAUGACAGUUCCCAACUGCAACACCAUCGGACAUCAGUUCCCCAUCAACAAGCUGACGGACCAACUCAGAUACGAGGUCGCAUCCUCAGGGUUCACAGAGGCGCUCACUUUUGCUUUGUGUUCCCGGGAUGAUUUGUCGGACAAGAUGUGUCGGAAGCUAGAAGACAUCCCUGCAGUUCACAUCGCCAACCCCAAAACACAGGAGUUCCAGGUUGCCCGGACAACCCUUCUUCCUGGUAUUCUGAAGACUGUUUACUUCAACAAGAAUAUGCCGCUACCACUCCGACUGUUUGAGAUCUCAGAUGUUGUCCUCAAGGACUCACAAACUGAUGUUGGUGCCAGGAAUGAGAGACGUCUCUGUGCUGUCAACUAUAACAAGACGGCAGGGUUUGAGGUCAUCCACGGACUCCUGGAUAGAGUGAUGCAGCUGCUGGAGAUCACAAGAGAUGCCAAGACUGGCUACCACAUCACCGAGGCUCAAGAUCCUUCAUAUUUCCCUGGAAGAUGUGCGGAGAUUCUUGUUUGCGGCAAGUCAGUUGGAAAGUUCGGUGUGCUACACCCAGACGUUGUCACUAAGUUUGAACUGAAUAUGCCCUGUGCAGUGCUGGACCUGAACAUCAUGCCAUUCCUCUGAUCCACACCACAUCGUAGAUGCAAUCAAGUUCAGUUUAAAUUCAGGGUUUCUUCUUUUUUUUUCACUUUCUAAUGAAGCUAACUAGUGGUCUCAUGGUGGCCACAGUUUAUACUAUGCAGCACUAUUGGGAUCAUUUGUGAAGCUCAACUGCCAGCAGGGACUGGUCUGGUGGUACACCUUGGACCAUUCUAUUCUCAUUAAAAUCAGAUCUUAGAAAGCUGACAUCUUUAGAAAGCAGGAACCAAGACAUUUAGAUUGGGUGGUUAAAUUUCGUUCAGGGUCAACCUGAUGCGACCUCAUAUGGAAGUGUUCUUAGAAUAAACAAUUUUAUUGAUAGUGAUAUUUUAGUGAUAUUUGGAUCACUUUCACACUAUCGGCCACUCUAGGGUCCAUUACUCAUUGUAGUUUGACUAUGGCAAUCUGUGUCAAAAACAGUUAAACCUACUAACCUGAACUGACAUCAUUGCCAGUGGAUGUUCGUGUCAAUUGUUAAUAUGAGAACAUUUAUUUGCUUAUAAGACCAAAGAGAUUUGAGCAGAUCGGAGCUCUUGACUGUUGGCUCAAGUCACAGACAGCUUUGGUUUAGAGGAUCAUUCAUGAUCUUUACACUAGUGGUGAUGACUUGGUCUUGAGAAUGAUGACAUGAGGAUGGACCAUGCUGCUGGUCAUGUGAUCUUACCAUGGAUUCAAGCACCUGCAGGACCAACAACAGAAACCUCGUCUGUGACACCUGGAGCUGAUCCAGCAGUUGUAGUUUACGUAAUGAAGGGUACGCUGGAGAAGAUUCCAGGUUAUAAUAGGAACACAGAAACUUAUGCUGGUCAUAUGACGGAAUUAAUCUGUUGUCAGAGUCUGACUUGAUUGUAUGUUAUCUUACCCCAACUGGUGGGAUGUUGCUCCUAAUAUCAAUCACUAGUUUGUCAAGACUUGUUUCUCUACAGGCCACUGUGAUACAGUGAAACAAUACAUAGAAUGAGCAUUAAGCCUUAAGAAAUUUAUUAUAAGCUUUUCUUUCAAAUAUUUAACAAAUGUGGGACUUUACUUUUUAUGUAUAAAUGGUGAAUUACAUCACGCAGAGAAAGAAGGGAAUACUUGGGGAUAAAAAAUGAUGUAAGGUGGGCAGGGGUGAACGUCCACUAUUAAAAGAUGAUUAAUUUAUUAGUCCCCUUCUUAGAAUACGAGACAGCACCCCCACAGAAUUCUACCUCUAGACAUGAAGUCAUGUGUAGCUCCUUGCUUCUCUCGCAAUCCAGGGUUGUCACGAUUCUUUGACCAUUGUUUGAAAUUAAGGAUGAAAGU